UGCAACGGUAUGCAGCACGCCGAUGUGCUAUCAAAAGCUCAAGUUCAGCAGCGCCACUCCGUGUCUUGCAGCUGACCCUCGUUUGGAGAUGAUACCUUGACAGUGCUUGUGGUUGACCACGGUUCAGACUGCUUUGAUCAGAGGACAAGUAGCGGUGUCCACCUUGCGCUCCUCUCUUCUGGAGCCCUAGGUCCGAAGUUGUUGGAUUCUCUUCGGAACGCUGGGUCCGAAUCUGUUGGAUUCGAGUCAAGAUAUCGCCUCACCUUGUUACAAUUUGUAGAAACACUGAUUAACUUUUGUUCCUCCAUCGCAACUGCUUUCAGAACAAGGAUUGUUUUACAUUGACCAAUCGUUUGACAUCCCAGCUCCCGUGUCUGGAACUGAGGAUGGGUGGCUGAACCCGGAACCCGCUGUGUGAUCUAUCGGCUCUGUGAUUGGUCCGUUCUGGUUCCGGUCGCUACCUGCUGCCAUGGCGAAGAGUCCCGAGAUGAAGCUGGCCGUUUUCGGUAGAGCAGGAGUGGGUAAAUCAGCUCUAGUGGUGAGGUUUCUGACCAGACGUUUCAUCUGGGAGUAUGACCCAACGCUUGAAUCAACAUAUCGCCAUCAAGCAACCAUAGACGAUGAGGUUGUGACCAUGGAGAUCCUUGACACAGCCGGACAGGAGGACACGCAGCAGAAGGAGAGCCACAUGCGCUGGGGCGAUGGCUUCGUCAUUGUCUAUGACAUCACUGACCGGGGCAGCUUUGACGAAGUGGCUCCUUUGCGAGGCCUCCUAGAGGAAGUCAAGAAACCCAAGAAUGUCCCGUUGGUUCUGGUGGGCAACAAAGCCGAUCUAGACCAUGCCCGACAGGUGGGCACAGAGGAGGGUGAGCGGCUGGCUGCCGAGAUGGCGUGCGCCUUCUACGAGUGCUCGGCGUGCGCCGACGAGGGUGGCAUGGUGGCGGAAGCAUUCCAUGAGCUGUGUCGCGAGUUGAGGCGCCGCAAGGUGGUCCAAGGCAAGGCCAGGCGCCGUAGCUCCACCACCCACGUCAAGCAGGCCAUCAACAAGAUGCUGACCAAGAUCAGCAGCUAGGGGGAGCCGCUGAGCACACUCCACAAAGAGGAUAAACUCAAGAAAAACUAAAGAACAAAGUGACUGAUUUCAAGGGUUUAGAUGUGUAGAAAUAUCACGCAGCCAUCAAAGCUCCUAAAGAGCACAAAUAUAAAAUGAUGAAUGAACAGCGAACCUCUUCGUACUUAGUAUCAAUGCACAAUCAAUGAAGAUUUGCAUUGAUACCGAGUGUGCCAAAAAUCGCUCUCCAUUCAACACUGAUUCUAAAGGGGAAGGUUGUAGGCCAUUAUUACUCGCUCUUUGACCACGCUCCACAACUAAGGUCAGAAGCACAAAGGGGAACAUAAUAAUCACAUGAUGGGAACUACUUUGUCUGUGAGGGAGGUGAAGAUGCUUUUGUUUCAUAGCCAACUGGGACAUUUCUGUAUACUGCCAAGGAAGGGGGGAGAGUCCGUUAUUCAGAAAUCCCAAAUCUCUGAAAUUCACUCUCCCUUCUUGAGCAGCAUGGUGAAUACCCCAGUUUUGUGUCUCCACCAACUUUAAAGAAAAUAUUGUCCAUGAACCCACCCUUUGUUUAUUAGAAAUAAUGGACAAACCAUUUGUAGUUUCCUGUAGCUUGUUUGUGGGAUAAUGUUUUGAUAUGCUCUAGGCCAGUGUUUCCCAACCCUGGUCCUCCAGUACACAUCCUUAUUGUAAACCUAGACAAGCACACCUCGUUCCACUUGUCAGCUAAUCAUCAAGCCCUCAAUGAGUUGCGUUAAUCCAGGGCUACAACAAAAAUGUGUACGAGGACCGGUGUUGGGAAACACGUCUCUAGGUCAACGGAUGUAUGUUCUUUGAGCAGCGUUAAAAGAUUCAUGAAACAUCAACAGUUUUCAUGGUCUUAGAUCAUUAUGUCGUCCGUUUGCAGAGCUCUGUUGGCCUUGGGUACUUGUUGACCUUAGACAUAUCCUUUGAGCUGUGACACGAUUGGUCAAAUAAACAAUUGUCCAUCAUACUAUGUCUCCCUCAACCCCCAUCUCAUACCAAGCAUAGGACAGGGCUAUAGAGAUCAUAUCUCAAAUAUGUUUUUCAUCUAAAGAACCUAAGAGGAGGAGGAGGAGACCAAAGUUUUCAGUUUAAAUCAACGCUAAUACUGUUUCAUGGUAUCGUCCAUCCAUCAUUCCGGUUCAAAUUCCAGGAACGUUCUAAAUGUACCUUAAUUGUAAACUAUGUAUAAUAUUGCCUUUAUCAUUGGUCUCAAAGGAGUGUACAGUACAUAACCCAGAGGCAGACAAAAUGGUCGAUAUGUCUCCUAUAUUUUAACCAAAUGCUGUUCCUUUGUUAACGAAUGUACCUGAGCUGACUGAGUUUUGAGAAUGGGGAUACAAUGGACAAAUUUGCUGUGCAAUUGUAAUUAAACAUUAGAUACAUGUAUAUCCAA